AUGCCGGUCCCUGAGCUGCCGAUUUUUGUAGCCGCGCAGCAACAUGCGCAGAACGAUCCCCAGAGGGUGGCUGUCGUGGACUCGGUGAAGCAGCAGUCUUUUACGUUUACCCAGCUUCUCGAAGAUGCCGCCGCCUUGCGGAAGGGCAUUCUCGAGCAACUAGGAUUGUCGGAUUUGAACGAGCGACGCAUUGCCUUCCUGGCGACCGGCUACGACUAUGUGGUGACUCAAUGGGCAACCUGGGCCGCGGGAGGAAUUGCGGUGCCUCUGUGUACAUCUCACCCUGUCCCGGAGCUACUUUACGUGAUUGAAGACUCGGACCCGUCGUUGGUUAUUAUCCACCCCGCAUUCGAGCAAAUCGCACCCGCGCUGCGAAAAGGGUGCUCGGCCAAUGUCAUUUUCCUGGGUCUGGACCCUUUGAGUCGCAAUGACAACCCCUCUUUGCCUUCCUUCUCCCCAUCCUUCCCAUUUAACCGACGGGCACUCAUGAUCUAUACUUCCGGGACCACGUCGAGGCCAAAGGGUUGUGUGACUACCCAUGAAAACAUCACAGUUCAAGCAACCUCUCUCAUCAAAGCUUGGAAGUACUCGGCCUCUGACUACCUGAUCCAUGUACUUCCUCUCCAUCACAUUCACGGUAUUGUGAAUGGGUUGGUCGCGAGUCUGCUCAGUGGUACGACCGUCGAAAUGAGACCCAAGUUCGACCCCGCCGAAAUCUGGAGUCGUUGGCAGGAUCGCGGCUCCUCUACUAUGUUCUUCGCAGUUCCCACCAUUUACUCCCGUCUGAACGACUAUUUCGAUGCGAAUAUCCGUGGCACGGAUAAAGAGAAUGCGGCCCGGGCCGGCGUACAGGCCUUGCGACUGAUCGUUUCUGGGUCUGCAGCUCUACCAACGCCGAUCAAAGCCAAGUUUUCGGAAAUUUCUAGCCAGAUAUUACUGGAGCGUUACGGCAUGACCGAGAUUGGCAUGGCCCUGAGCUGUGGUCUCGAAGUGGAAAAGCGAAUCGAUGGCAGCGUCGGCUGGCCCUUGCCUGGUGUCGAGGUUCGAUUGACCAAGGAUGGUCGGGUUAUUGAAGAGGAUGAUGAAGAGGGCAUGAUUGAAAUCAAGGGAGGCAAUGUGUUCAUCGAGUAUUGGCGCAGGCCUGAAGCGACAUCCUCCGAGUUCACUUCCGAUGGAUGGUUCAAGACGGGUGAUGUGGCUAAACGAGACACAACUGGUGCAUACUAUAUUCAAGGGCGUGCUUCUGUCGAUAUCAUCAAAUCCGGGGGAUACAAGGUCUCUGCCCUCGAAGUCGAGCGUAAGAUGUUGGCUCUGGAUUCGAUUCAAGAGGUCGCCGUGGUUGGACUGGCCGAUCAGGAGUGGGGACAAAGAGUUGCGGCAGUGGUCAAAUUUCGAGAAGGAUCCGCUCCUCUGGAGCUCCCAGCUCUGCGCGCAGAAUUGAAGCAUGACAUGGCGGCAUACAAGGUUCCUACGAUGUUGAAGGUUGUCAACAGCAUCGAGCGGAAUGCUAUGGGAAAGAUCAACAAGAAGAUUCUCGUACAGAAAUACUGGCCGGAAAAACUGCCUGAAACGCCAAACACAACAUCACACGAAUAG